CGCCGGUGCCGGACGGGGAGGGCACUGGAGCUACCGGCUAACAUCAAAACUUAACUUUUCUUCGUCCUCCUUUCCUUCUAGUCCUCCUGUUAAGUUGCUCCUGCUCUAAAAGUGCCAGGAGCAAAGCUGAGCGAGAGUCAUACACUUGUCAACGGACUGGGGGUGCUGGUGAGCAAGAAUGGAAAACGUACAAGAAGAUAAUAAUGAAAAUUCCAACGUUGCAGAAGAUUCUGAGCCCAGUCAUGUGGCAGAAGAAUCUGAGCCCAGUAAUGUGGCAGAAGAUAAUACUGAGCCAAGUCUCACUACAGAGGAUUCUAUGUCUGCCUCUGAUGCACCAGAGGAUGCUGAAGCCAAACCUGUUCAGCCUGCUCAACAAAUAGUAAACGCUUCCCCUUCCCAGGAGGCUCUUCUUGCUGCAAACCGAAAGAUGUCUAGGCUUUACCGGAGCUCUGCUGGAGUUCUAUCCAUGCAAGAAAUUUUAAAAGAAAAACAGGCUCGAUACAAAGAAGCAAGAGAAAACCGAAAAACAAAAAUCAAUCCUUCAUAUAAAUACGUAUUUGAAGUUCUCAGCAUCACUCUAGGCUUAGACUUAGCAGCUGUGGAAGAAUUGAUUUUGGAUGUCCCUUCGCUUGAAGCAUUUGAAUCAUUUUUUACCAAGGGAGGAAGUAAAGGAUUGAAAAUUUUCUAUCAAGAAGGCGAUGUACCAGGAAUAGAAUGUGGUCGGAUAAUUCCAGGAGCUGCAAAAGGAAGUAAAAUGAUGCAAUUUUAUGUGGACAACGCACCGGACAAAUUUCAAGGACUAUGCUUGUUUUUUGUUCGUCUUAAGAAUGACAACGAUGUAAAGUCAAAAAGUAUAAACGAGGAGAUAUUCUUUUGUGUUUUGGAUGCGACUGAAGGACUCUUACAUGGUAUUAAGAAGAUGUUAGAAAAUAUUUUUAUCCCAGCUAUUCUUGCAACAAAUAACUGGGGUGUUUUAAGUCAGAACAAGCAGGAUACAAAAGACAAACAGAAUUUUGUGGAAAAUAUUAGAAGAUACAUUUCAUUUCUAGAAGUGGCUAUAAAAAGUAUUGAAGGCACUGUUGAGUUGGAAAAAAUGGAUCACAUUAAUUUUUCUAAACUCCAGUCCUUUGAGGAAGUAGCAGCAGCAGCAGAUAAUCCUGAUAUGAUUCACCAGUUAGAAGAAGUACUUCUGAUCUGGCAUAAACAAAUUGAAAGAGUUCUGAUUGAGAGUCAGCAGAUGAGGAAAGAAGCUGAUAAUUCAGGUCCAUUGACUGAACUGGAGCACUGGAAAUGUAUGUCUGCUAAAUUUAAUUUCAUUAUUGAGCAGAUCAAAGGAUCAGACUGCAGAUCUGUCAUUAAUGUUCUGAAUGCUGGACAUUCUAAACUGCUAAAGAUGUGGCAAGAGCUAGAUGCCAAGAUCACAGAUGCAGCAAAUGAAUCGAAAGAUAAUGCGAAAUAUUUGUGCACGCUUGAAAACGUUUGUCAGCCUCUUUAUCACUUUGACCUUGCGGCAAUGAAAAAUGGAAUACCAAACUUGAUAAAUGCUAUCCGAAUGAUUCACAGUGUUUCAAGGUAUUACAAUACUUCUGAAAGAAUGACAUCGUUGUUUAUAAAGGUUACAAAUCAGAUGGUUGCGACAUGCAGAGCUUACAUUACAGAUGGUGGAUUGACUCAUGUAUGGGAACAGGAGACACCAAUAAUCCUUGGAAAAAUUAAGGAAUGCAUCUCCCUGUUGAAAGAGUAUCAGAGAUGCUUUCAGGAAGCAAAGCAAGAGAUUUUGGCAAAUCUAGGAGAAAAAUCAUUUGAAGUAUCUGAAAUGUACAUUUUUGGGAAAUCUGAAGCUUUUUGUAGGAGAUUAGAAAAAAUUACAGAGAUGAUAAAUAUAGUACAAACUUUUCAAGCACUGGGUACGUCAACCAUUGAAGGUAUAGAAAUCAUGUCAAUAAAAUUCAAAAAUAUCUACCACAAUGUUCAAAAGAAACAAUACGACAUCCUUGAUCCAAGAAAAAAAGAAUUUGAUGUGGAUUUUGUGGACUUCAUGUCAAAAAUUGAAGCUUUAGAGGUACAGAUACAAACAUUUAUGAGAUCUUGUUUUGGAAGAAUUUUGUCUUCACAACACGCAGUCAAGUUACUCCGAAGAUUUCAAAAUCUGAGAAUGCCAUGCCUUCAAGAAGAAGUAACACACACAAUUGCUUCUAUUCUUAAACAUUAUGUAGCAGAACUUGAAGCUAUUAAAAAGAUUUACCAAAUUCAAAAAGAUGACCCCCCUCUUGCUCGAAACAUGCCACCUGUUGCAGGAAAGAUACUGUGGGUGAGACAGCUCUUCAGGAGGAUAAAUGAGCCAAUCAACUAUUUCCAGAAAAAUUCAAGUAUCUUGACAAGUCCAGAGGGUAAAACAGUUGUCCGAUUAUACAACAGAGUUGCCUACGUCUUGGUGCAAUUUGAGGUAGUCUAUCAUAAUGCAUGGAUGAAGGAAAUGUCAGAGUUACAAUAUCCCUUACAAGCCACAGUGUUUGUACGUCAUCCUGAAACUGGAAAGUUCCUGGUUAAUUUUGAUCCCCAGAUUCCAGAGAUUGUUCGAGAGACCAAAUGUAUGAUAAAGUUGGGUUUGGAAGUACCAGAGCAAGCCAAAAAGAUAGCAAAAGUAGAAGAUAAGCUGAAGUCAUACAAGUUGCGUUUAGAGGGUCUUCUCCAACAUUAUGAAGAAUUAUGUCAAGACACACGAACCAUUUUUGUUAGUCUAAUGGCACCAAAAAUGCAAAAGAUGGAAGCUGUGCUAAGGCAAGGACUUACAAUGUUGACUUGGUCAUCAGUAACACUGGACAGUUUCUUUCAAGAAGCUGAUGAAGUUCUGUGUAUGUUUAAACAGUUUUUGAAAAAGGUAAAUGAUAUAUGUGAAGCACGGAUUGACUUAAUAUUAAAAGAAAUAUCGAAUACUCUUUUAAUUGUCUUACCAGUAGACGAUCCUGUCAAAGUAGAGGAUAUGUUGGCUUCUAAUGAGAUUUAUACCAAACAGUGUGCUGAAUUAUUGAACCACAAAAGUAUGAAUAUUGAAGAUGCUGUUCAGGACCUAACCUCUGUAUUUGAAAGUAAUUAUGGAAUUAAAUAUCCUAGGAAAACCUCAAAAAAACAGUCUUUGCCAGGAAAAGGAAAACGUAUAAUGUUUGAAGAUCUUGAAGGUGAAGAUGAAAAUACUGAAGCUCUUCAUGAUGAUGAUAAGAAGGGCAAAGAUAAAGAAGAUGAGUUUGAAGAGAAAUGUAAAGAAAUGGUUGCCUAUUUCAGUCACCAGCUGCUAGAUAGUCUCCAGAAAGCUACUCGACUAUCUUUGGAUACUCUUAAAAAACGAAUAUAUAUUCCAAAGAGACCAACGUUUUCUGCUCAGUCAAGCAAACAUGAAGAGAAUGUUCCUUUUCUCAAAGCAGAAGUGCACCUUGUUAUACCUAAUGCGGUAAUGGUUCCCACUUUAGACGAUAUGCAGCAAGCCAUCAAUCGUAUGAUUCAACUGAUUCUGGAUGUAAGUCGUGGAGUUGCACAGUGGGGACAGAAGCAUUUGCUAAAAUCUAGUUUAAAAGCAUCGUCUGCAAAAGGAGCAGGAAAAUUAGCCAAAAAGGAGGAAAAAAAAGCUGAAGAUGGGAUGAAAAGAAAACCAAGAAAUUUUUAUUCAGGUGUUGCUGAAAGUGAAGAUGUUUCUAAAUCAGUUGUGCUCCUCUCUUCUUCUAUGAAUUCUAUAAGAGAAAUAGCUAGUGAAGCUCUGCAGGAAUUUCAGAAAUAUGAAGUACUUUGGACAGAAGAUAGAGAUGCCAAAAUUCAGGAAUUUUUGGCUACUUCUCCAUCUCUGACUGAAAUUAGAGAAGAAAUACUUCACUAUGCUAUGUUUGAGCAAGAGAUGAAAGAUUUGAAACCCACUCUUCUUCUUGGUCCAAUCGAGUUGCACACAGGACCAUUGAAAACAGCUUUAUCAGCCGAAGCCAAAGCCUGGAAGUUACUCCUUUGUCAAUAUUUAAAUGAGGAAUAUAAAAAGAAAAUGUUAGACAUGAUAUCAUUCAUAACCAAAUAUUUAAAGAUAUUGGCUCGACCUCUGAAUGACCUAGAUGAUGUCAGGCUUGCGAUGGAAGCUUUAUCUAUCAUACGUGAUAAAAAAAUAGAAAUGGAUAUGACCCUGGGACCUAUUGAAGAAGCCUAUGCCAUUUUAAACACAUUUGAAAUUCAGAUUACAAAAGAGGAAUCAGAAGGAGUUGAUUCACUCAGAUAUUCUUUUAAGAAAUUGCAAAGUAAAGCCAACAAAAUUCAAAAUGAGCUGACUCGAGUGCAGCCCAAAUUUAAAAGCGAAUUACUGGAAGCAGUCGCAGUUUUUCGGGAGGAUGUGUCAAACUUUGAAACAUCAUAUGAGACGGAAGGCCCUAUGGUUCCAAAUAUUCCACCUCAGGAAGCUAGUAAUAGGCUACAGAUCUUUCAGUGUAAUUUUGAUGAGAUUUGGAGAAAGUUUAUCACAUACUCUGCUGGGGAACAAUUGUUUGGACUGCCUGUCACAGACUAUGGAUUUUUGCAUAAACUCAGAAAGGAGUUAGCCUUCCUUCAGAAACUGUAUGGAUUGUAUGAUGCUGUAAUAAGCAGCAUAAAUGGUUAUUACGAGAUACUUUGGACAGAUGUAGAUAUUGAAAAAAUUAAUGCUGAGCUUCUGGAAUUUCAGAACAGGUGCCGUAGACUACCUAAAGGACUUCAGACCUGGCAAGCAUUUUUAGAUCUCAAGAAAAAAAUUGAUGAUUUUAGUGAGUCUUGUCCUUUGUUGGAAAUGAUGACUGACAAAGCAAUGAAGACAAGGCACUGGGACCGUAUAGCUGAUGUAACAGGACAUAAAUUUGACGUAGAAUCUGAUACAUUUUGCCUUCGAAACAUCAUGGAAGCCCCAAUUCUUCAAAAUAAAGAUGAUAUUGAGGAUAUAUGCAUUUCUGCUACAAAGGAAAAGGAUAUAGAAGCCAAACUAGCUCAAAUAUCUGAAAGUUGGGGAAACCAAUUUCUGAGCUUUUCACCAUUCAAAGCGAGAGGAGAGCUACUGCUAAAGGGAACUGAAGCAACAGAAAUCAUGACUUUAAUGGAGGACAGUUUAAUGAUUCUUGGUUCUUUACUGAGCAAUAGAUACAAUGCAGCAUUUAAAAAAGAUAUUCAGAGUUGGGUUGCUAAAUUAAGUGGCUCUACAGACAUAAUUGAAGAAUGGUUGGUUGUACAGAACCUCUGGGUUUAUCUAGAAGCAGUUUUCGUAGGAGGAGAUAUUGCAAAACAGUUACCACAGGAAGCAAAGCGUUUUCAGAAUAUUGAUAAGUCAUGGGUAAGAAUAAUGCAACGAGCUCAUGAAAACCCAAAUGUAAUUGCCUGCUGUGUUGGAGAUGAGACUAUGGAGCAACUUCUGCCUCAUUUACAUGAACAACUGGAAGUAUGUCAGAAGUCACUUACAGGAUACUUAGAGAAGAAGAGGCUACUGUUUCCUAGAUUCUUUUUUGUUUCUGAUCCUGUCCUUCUUGAAAUUCUUGGACAAGCAAGUGAUUCACAUACAAUUCAGCCACAUCUGCUCUCCAUAGCUGACAAUAUAAAUGAAGUAGAAUUUCAUGAAAAGGAUUAUGAUCGCAUACUGGCAGUCAUAUCAAGAGAAGGAGAAAAAGUAGCGUUGGACACUCCGGUGAUUGCAAAAGGACCAGUAGAGCUUUGGUUGCAAAAUUUAUUACAGGUUCAGCAGGCUUCAUUGCAUGCUAUAAUUAGGUCAGCAUAUUACCAAAUUAGUGAACCAGAAUAUGAUUUGCUGAGUUUUCUCAACCAAUUUCAAGCACAGGUUGGAUUACUGGGAAUUCAAAUGUUGUGGACACGUGAUUCUGAAGAAGCACUAAAGAAUGCUAGAGAGGACAAAAAAAUCAUGCAAACGACCAAUGGGAGAUUUCUGGAAAUUUUGAAUAUGUUGAUUAGCCAGACCACACAUGAUCUUUCCAAGUUCGACAGGGAGAAGUUUGAAACACUCAUUACUAUUCACGUACAUCAACGUGACAUUUUUGAUGAUCUGGUAAAAAUGCACAUCAAAUCACCAACUGAUUUUGAGUGGCUAAAGCAGUCUAGAUUUUAUUUCAAGGAGGAUCUUGAUCAAGUUAUUGUAUCCAUUACAGAUGUUGAUUUUAUUUACCAAAAUGAAUUUCUGGGUUGCACUGAACGUCUGGUUAUAACACCUCUUACAGACAGGUGCUAUAUAACUUUAGCUCAGGCUUUGGGAAUGAACAUGGGAGGAGCUCCAGCUGGACCUGCUGGAACUGGUAAAACAGAAACAACAAAAGACAUGGGAAAGGCUCUGGGAAAAUACGUAGUAGUCUUCAACUGUUCUGAUCAAAUGGACUUCAGAGGUUUGGGUAGGAUUUUCAAAGGUCUCGCGCAGUCUGGAUCUUGGGGAUGUUUUGAUGAAUUCAACCGGAUUGAGUUGCCUGUCUUGUCAGUAGCAGCACAACAAGUUUAUAUUAUCUUAACAGCAAGGAAAGAAAAAAAAAAGCAGUUCAUUUUUUCUGAUGGAGACUGUGUAGAUUUAAACCCAGAGUUUGGAAUUUUCCUAACAAUGAAUCCUGGAUAUGCUGGGCGCCAAGAGCUACCAGAAAAUCUCAAAAUUCUGUUUAGAACUGUGUCAAUGAUGGUUCCAGACAGACAGAUCAUUAUAAGAGUUAAGCUUGCAAGUUAUGGAUUUAUUGAUAACGUGGUUUUGUCUCAGAAGUUCUUCGUUCUUUAUAAACUUUGUGAGGAGCAGCUGACUAAGCAGGUUCAUUAUGACUUUGGUCUGAGGAAUAUCCUUUCAGUACUUAGAACUCUUGGAACUCAAAAAAGGGCCAGACCAAAUGAAAGUGAAUUAAGCAUUGUUAUGAGGGGACUAAGAGAUAUGAAUCUUUCAAAGCUGAUAGAUGAAGACGAACCCUUGUUUCUCAGUCUUAUCAAUGAUCUGUUUCCGGGGAUGCAGUUGGACAGUAAUACAUAUAAUGAACUUCAGGCUGCAGUAGCUAAUCAGAUUGAAGAGGCAGGAUUGACUAAUCAUCCACCAUGGAAUCUUAAGCUUGUUCAGUUGUAUGAAACUUCUCUAGUACGUCAUGGGCUGAUGACACUUGGACCCAGUGGAUCUGGAAAAACAAUGGUCAUAACUAUAUUAAUGAGAGCACUGACGGAAUGUGGACAACUUCAUAGAGAAAUGCGAAUGAAUCCCAAAGCUAUUACAGCUCCUCAGAUGUUUGGAAGACUAGAUGCUGCCACUAAUGAUUGGACAGAUGGAAUUUUUUCUACACUGUGGAGGAAAACACUUAAAACUAAAAAGGGUGAAUAUGUGUUUCUGAUUUUAGAUGGUCCUGUAGAUGCAAUCUGGAUUGAGAAUCUAAAUUCAGUUUUGGAUGAUAACAAGACUCUAACACUAGCAAAUGGAGAUCGUAUACCUAUGUCUCCUUCUUGUAAGCUGUUAUUUGAAGUCCACAACAUUGAGAAUGCUUCUCCAGCUACAGUUUCUCGUAUGGGUAUGGUCUUCAUCAGUUCUUCUGCCCUUAGCUGGAGACCAAUAUUACAAGCAUGGCUGAAAACACGUUCUGUUCAAGAAUCUGAAGUUUUGCAAAGUCUGUAUGACAGAAUCUUUGAACCAGCAUAUACAUACAUGAAACUAAACCUUACUCCAAAAAUGGAGCUUCUGGAGUGUAACUACAUUAUGCAGACCAUUAAUCUUCUGGAAGGUUUGAUUCCAUCGAAGGAAGAAGGUGGUUUAUCAAGUAUGUCUCAUCUGCAUAAAUUGUUCUGCUUUGGAAUAAUGUGGAGUUUAGGUGCCCUUUUGGAGUUGGACAACAGAGAUAAACUUGAAGCCUUCAUUAGAGAUCAUGAUAACAAAUUAGAUUUACCAGAAAUUCCCCCCGGCACCAAUCAAACAAUGUAUGAGUUUUAUGUUACUGAUAAUGGUGAUUGGGCACAUUGGAGUAAAAGUGUUCAGGAAUAUGUGUAUCCAACAGAUAGUGUCCCAGAAUAUGCAUCUAUUCUUGUUCCAAAUGUUGACAAUGUCAGAACUCAGUUUUUGAUAAACACAAUUGCAAAACAACACAAAGCAGUUUUGCUCAUAGGAGAACCGGGAACUGCAAAGACAGUCAUGAUUAAGGCAUACUUGAAGAAAUAUAAUCCAGAAGAACAUUUGUCAAAAUGUUUAAACUUUUCAUCUGCCACAGAACCAUUUAUGUUUCAGAGGACAAUUGAGAGUUAUGUGGAUAAACGUGUUGGCAGUACUUAUGGACCUCCUGGAGGCAGGAAAAUGACUGUUUUUGUUGAUGAUAUCAAUAUGCCGGUUGUCAAUGAAUGGGGAGAUCAGAUAACAAAUGAAAUUGUGCGUCAGAUGAUGGAAAUGAAAGGAAUGUACAAUUUAGAUAAACCCGGAGACUUCACUACUAUUGUAGAUGUACAAUUAAUAGCAGCGAUGAUACAUCCAGGAGGAGGCCGUAAUGAUAUUCCUCAGCGUUUAAAAAGACAGUUUUGUAUAUUCAAUUGUACAUUACCAUCCAAUGCAUCCAUAGACAAAAUCUUUGGUGUUAUUGGAUGUGGAUAUUUUCAUUCAUGUAGAGACUUCAGUUCUGAAGUAUGUGAUAUGGUGCAAAAAUUGAUCCCAACAGGUAGAAUAUUGUGGCAGCGGACAAAGAUAAAGAUGCUGCCUACACCGGCUAAAUUCCACUAUAUCUUCAACCUUCGAGAUCUGUCUAGAAUUUGGCAAGGGAUGUUAACUAUAAAGGCAGAAGAAUGCAAGAACACAACUGUCCUUCUAGCACUUUUUAAACAUGAAUGUACUAGAGUAAUUGCUGACAGAUUUAUUACUCCUGAGGAUAUAGACUGGUUUGAUGAAACUAUUAUGAAAGCAAUAGAAGAAAAUGUGGGUACAGGUGUAGCAUUUCCUCAAGCAGAGCCAUAUUUUGUUGAUUUUCUGCGGGAUGUGCCUGAAGCAACUGGUGACGAACCAGAAGAUUUUGUGUUUGAAGCACCAAAAAUUUAUGAGGAGAUUCCAAGCUUUGAGUUUCUCUGUGAAAAAUUGCAAACAUAUCAAAGACAAUACAAUGAGUACAUUAGAGGAUCUUCUCUUGACUUGGUGUUUUUUAAGGAUGCAAUGACACAUAUUAUUAAGAUUUCCCGGAUAAUUCGAACCUCAAAUGGAAAUGCUUUACUUGUUGGAGUUGGUGGUUCUGGAAAACAAAGUCUUUCAAGGUUGGCUUCCUAUAUUGCUGGCUAUAAAAUAUUUCAGAUUACUUUAUCCAGAUCAUAUAACAUAAGCAAUCUGUCAGAUGAUUUAAAAUUUCUGUAUAGAACAGCUGGAGCAGAGGGACAAGGCAUCACUUUUAUUUUCACUGAUAAUGAAAUAAAAGAGGAGGCAUUUUUGGAAUACAUUAAUAAUCUUCUGUCUUCAGGAGAGAUUUCUAAUUUAUUUGCUCGGGAUGAAUUGGAUGAAAUCACCCAAGCAUUAAUACCAGUGAUGAAAAAAGAGAUGCCUCGAUGUCCUCCUACCUUUGAUAAUCUGUAUGAAUAUUUUUUAACUCGGGCAAAGAAGAACUUGCAUGUUGUNUUUUCUCCCGUUGGUGAGAAGUUCCGUGCACGUUCUUUGAAAUUUCCUGGUCUCAUAUCAGGGUGCACCAUGGAUUGGUUCAGUCCAUGGCCCAAGGAAGCUCUUGUAGCUGUAGCCAGUUAUUUUCUUUCAGAAUUUAAUAUGGUCUGCUCUGCAUCAGUUAAAGAACAAGUAGUAGAAACCAUGGGUCUCUUUCAUGAUAUAGUUUCAGAAAGCUGUGAGAAUUAUUUCCAAAGGUAUCGAAGAAGAACUCACGUAACACCUAAAUCUUACCUCUCUUUCGUCAAUGGCUACAAAGAAGUUUAUGCUGAAAAGUUAGAAAAUAUUAAUGAACAAGCUGAACGUAUGCAAAUUGGUCUGGCUAAGUUGAUGGAAGCCAGUGAAUCUGUUGCUAAGCUCUCUAAGGAACUGGCUGUUAAGGAAAAGGAACUUGCUGUGGCAUCUGUAAAGGCAGAUGAAGUACUAGCAGAAGUCAAAGUAAGUGCUGAAGCUGCAUCUAUAGUAAAAAAUGAAGUCCAGGCUGUAAAGGAUAAAGCACAAAAAAUUGUAGAUGAAAUUGAUGUAGAAAAAGUGAAAGCAGAAACUAAACUGGAGGCAGCAAAACCGGCCUUAGAAGAAGCAGAAGCUGCGCUGAAUACAAUCAAACCAGUGGAUAUCGCUACUGUUAGAAAACUGGCAAAACCUCCUCAUCUAAUUAUGAGGAUUAUGGACUGCUGUCUGAUACUAUUCCAAAAGCAAUUAGAUCCAGUUACCAUGGAUCCAGAAAAGCCUUGCUGCAAACCAUCAUGGGGAGAAUCAUUAAAACUUAUGAGUGGGCCAUUCCUGCAGAGUUUACAGCAGUUUCCUAAGGAUACAAUCAAUGAAGAGACAGUAGAAUUACUCCAGCCUUACUUUCACAUGGAAGACUAUACACUGGAGAGUGGCAAAAAAGUGUGUGGCAAUGUGGCAGGACUCCUCUCUUGGACACAAGCCAUGGCAGUAUUUUAUGGUGUUAACAGGGAUGUCUUGCCGCUUAAGGCUAACUUGGCAAAACAGGAAGCCCGUCUGAAAGUAGCUAAUGCAGAAUUAGCACAGGCUCAAGAGCAAUUGGAUGAAAAGCAAGCUGAACUGGAUAAAGUACAGGCAAAGUUUGAUGCAGCAAUGAAGGAGAAAAUGGACUUAAUGAAUGAUGCAGAAACAUGCAGAAGAAAGAUGCAAGCAGCCUCUGCACUUAUACAAGGACUGAGUGGAGAGAAAUCGAGGUGGACUGAGAAAAGGAAAGAAUUUAAAUCUCAGAUUAACAGACUUGUGGGAGAUAUACUGCUUUGCACAGGUUUCCUGUCAUACUGCGGACCUUUCAAUCAAAUUUUCAGGAACCUUUUACUUAAAGAUUUAUGGGAAGUGGAGAUGAGAGCCCAUAAAAUUCCCUUUACUGAAAACUUGAACUUGAUUUCUAUGCUGGUAGAUCCACCAACUAUUAGCGAGUGGAAUCUCCAAGGACUGCCUGGAGAUGACCUCUCAAUUCAGAAUGGUAUAAUUGUCACUAAGGCAUCUAGAUAUCCCCUUUUGAUAGACCCACAAACUCAAGGGAAAACAUGGAUUAAAAAGAAAGAAGAGGAUAAUGAAUUACAGGUAACAACAUUGAAUCACAAAUAUUUCCGUACACAUCUAGAAGAUAGUCUUUCACUGGGACGAUCACUUGUGAUUGAAGAUAUAGGUGAAGAGUUGGAUCCAGUACUUGAUAAUGUAUUAGAAAAGAAUUUCAUAAAAUCUGGAAGUUCUUUUAAGGUGAAAGUUGGUGAUAAGGAAGUUGAAGUAAUGAGUUCCUUUAGACUGUACAUCACUACGAAGCUACCCAAUCCUGCUUUCACACCUGAAAUUAAUGCAAAAACAUCAAUUAUUGAUUUUACUGUUACAAUGAAAGGACUUGAGAAUCAGUUACUGAGAAGAGUAAUUCUUACUGAAAAACAGGAACUGGAGGCAGAACGAAUUAAACUCAUGGAAGACGUAGCUAUUAAUAAAAGAAAGAUGCAAGAACUGGAAGACAAUCUUCUAUACAAACUAAGUGCAACCAAAGGCUCACUGGUAGAUGAUGAAUCCCUGAUUGGAGUUCUGCAAAUAACUAAACAAACAGCUUCCGAAGUAACUAAAAAGUUGACCGUGGCAGCAGAAACUGAAGUGAAAAUUAACAAUGCUCAGGAGGAUUAUCGACCCGCUGCUACACGUGGGAGCAUUCUUUAUUUUCUUAUUACAGAAAUGAGCAUGGUCAAUAAUAUGUAUCAGACUUCACUGGCUCAGUUCUUAAAGUUAUUUGACCAAUCCAUGGCCAGAUCUGAGAAAUCUCCUGUAUCCCAUAAAAGAAUAUCAAAUAUUAUUGAGUACCUUACCUAUGAAAUUUUCACAUAUUCUGUUAGAGGCUUAUAUGAAAACCACAAGUUCCUUUUUACCCUUCUCCUGACGCUGAAAAUUGAUCUUCAGAGAGAACAUGUGAAAAACACAGAGUUCCAGACAUUCAUUAGAGGAGGUGCAGCACUGGAUCUAAAGGCUUGCCCACCUAAACCAUUCCGCUGGAUUCUUGACAUGAUGUGGCUAAACUUAGUGGAACUGAGCAAACUUCCAGAGUUUGCAAAAAUUUUGAAUCAGAUAACCAGUAACGAAAAGGCAUGGAAAAAUUGGUAUGAUAAAGAUGCUCCUGAGGAAGAAGUUAUCCCUGAUGGAUAUGAUUCACUUGACACCUUCCACAGACUUUUACUUAUCAGAUCUUGGUGUCCAGACCGGACUCUUUCCCAAGCCAGGAAAUACAUUGCAAGUUCCUUGGAUGAGAAAUAUACAGAACCAGUCAUUCUGAAUUUAAAAAAAACUUGGAAGGAAAGUGACCCACGAACACCUCUUAUCUGUUUCUUGUCUAUGGGAUCUGAUCCAACGAUUCAAAUUGAUUCCUUGGCUAGGAAGCUUAAAUUGGAAUGUAGGGCCAUCUCCAUGGGUCAAGGACAAGAAUACCAUGCACGCAAACUCAUACAGAUGUCAAUGCAACAGGGUGGAUGGGUGCUACUACAGAAUUGUCAUCUUGGGCUGGAUUUCAUGGAUGAACUACUGGAGACAGUUCUUACUGCUGAGAUACAGAAUGACUCAUUUCGAGUUUGGAUAACUACUGAACCACACCCUAAGUUCCCAAUUACGCUGCUUCAGGUUUCUCUGAAGUUCACAAACGAACCUCCCCAGGGUGUACGUGCUGGUUUAAAAAGAACAUUUUCUGGAAUUAAUCAGGAUCUGUUAGAUGUUAGCAAUAUGCCUAUGUGGAAACCUUUGCUAUACACCGUAGCAUUUCUGCAUUCUACUGUGCAGGAACGACGAAAGUUUGGGCCUUUGGGUUGGAAUAUUCCCUAUGAAUUUAACUCGGCAGACUUUACAGCCAGCGUUCAGUUUAUACAAAAUCACCUAGAUGAAUGUGACAUCAAGAAGGGAAUAUCAUGGACCACAGUACGCUACAUGAUUGGAGAAGUGCAAUAUGGAGGCCGGGUCACAGAUGACUUUGAUAAGCGUCUUCUUAAUUGCUUUGCAAGGGUGUGGUUUAGUGAAAAGAUGUUUGACAGUGCUUUCUGUUUUUACACUGGAUAUCAAAUUCCAGUGUGUAAAACCCUGGAUCAGUAUUUUGAAUACAUCCAGUCACUCCCAGCUGUAGAUAGCCCAAAGGUCUUUGGUCUUCAUCCUAACGCUGAUAUUACAUACCAAAGUAACACAGCAGCUGAUGUUCUAGAUACUAUUACCAAUAUUCAGCCUAAAGAAAGUGGUUCAGGACCUGGAGAAACUCGUGAAGCAAUUGUUUAUCGUUUAGCUGAAGAUAUGCUAGAGAAACUUCCUCCAGAUUAUAUACCACAUGAGGUAAAAGCUCGUUUAAUUAAAAUGGGACAACUCAACUCUAUGAAUAUUUUUCUUCGGCAAGAAAUUGACAGAAUGCAAAAAGUUAUCACAGUAGUCCGCAACAGUUUGAAUGAUCUUAAAUUAGCCAUAGAAGGAACUAUUAUUAUGAGUGAGAAUUUGAGAGAUGCACUGGAUAAUAUGUAUGAUGCUCGAAUUCCUCAAGUAUGGAGAAGAAUAUCUUGGGAUUCUUCAACACUGGGCUUUUGGUUUACUGAAUUUCUGGAAAGAAAUACUCAGUUCUCUACUUGGAUAUUUGGAGGAAGACCAAAUGUGUUUUGGAUGACUGGAUUCUUUAACCCACAAGGAUUCCUAACAGCAAUGAGACAGGAAGCUACUCGAGCACAUAAAGGCUGGGCUUUAGAUACAGUUACAGUACAUAACAAUGUGCUUAAGCUAAACAAAGAAGAAAUCACAGCACCUCCUGCUGAAGGUGUAUAUAUUCAUGGCCUGUACUUGGAAGGAGCAGGUUGGGACAAAAGAAACAGUAAACUCACUGAAUCUACACCAAAGAUGCUUUUUGUCCAGCUGCCAGUAGUACAUAUAUUUGCUGUUAAUUCAACCGGUCCUAAGGAUUCCAAGCUCUAUGUUUGCCCUGUUUACAAGAAGCCCAUGAGAACAGAUCUGAACUAUAUUACAGUCAUCUACUUAAAGACAGCAGUGCCUCCAGACCACUGGAUAUUGAGAGGAGUGGCUCUCCUAUGUGACAUCAAGUAAAAUGUUCUUCAUAGCAGAAAUAAACAAGAAAGCAUAUAUUUAUAUUUAGAAUAUAUGACCAGUUACAUCUGUAAUUCUUCUGCUUUUUAGUUGAGGGCCAUCUGUUAUUAUACAAUAAAGCUUUCAGUGUUGGCUUAUGAA